ACGUUGUGUCGAACGGAAGUGCGCUGGAAAGCCACUGCGCAGCUAACAAAUAGAGCAAAAAAGAGAUAACAUAAAAAACCCCACGAAAACCGGAGCGAUAAUGCUUUGGUGGAGCAAGAAGGGGGAGAAGGACAACAGCCGGCCCAGCCAGGCGCUGGUGCCCCAGGACCCCCGGACGAGCGUUAAGACCACGAGUGCCUCCACAGAGACGACCAACACGGCCGUGCAGAACUCUACAAUCACCGACAGCAACAAACAGACCAUCACCUUUUUGUCCACACGCCAGACGGUGACGCACACCCAGCGAGCGCUGAUCACGGAGACGACGACUCGCCGCACUCCCAGUCAGGCCGAACUCGAGGCACUGUUCGCGCAGAUGGGGAUGGGCGGGGAGGGAGCCACCGGCACCACGACCACCACCACUACGGUUACCUCGCGCUCCCGUCCACCGAGUCUUAAUGGCGUCUCUCUACGUUCCACGCAGCCCUUCAAAGCCACCGCCAGCAGCGCUGGCAAACGGUCCAGUACCCUGGUCAAGACGGAGCAGACAACAGUUACCAAGAAAAAUGGACUUAACGUCACUCAGCAUCUGGAGACGCAUCGCGUGGACCUCAAAGGAAAGCCUGCCUGGACGCCGUUCAAUUCCAAUGCCAUCAGUUCAAGCUCCACCUACGUAUCCCCCUACGCCAAGAAGCCAAGUCUGGCCAUCACAGGUUCGUCGCCUAGCCCAAAGGUCGCCACCGUCUCUAGUCCGCUCAGUAUUCCCAAGCCAACACAAUCAGCAUUCGAAAACUUCUUAAAAACGUCUUCAAAGACUACAGUGAAGCCGCUAACGUCAACCGCCGUGCCGAGGCCCUACGUAAGCCUUGGCUCCUCUGCGUCCUCCACUAAGGCGAAGCCCACUUUCAGUGGCUUGGACGCCCAGGGUUCUCUCAGCUCCAUCGGAGCAGCGAGCACCAAGUCUAGCCUAACAAAAACCAAGCUGAAGCCGGCUAGAGUGUACAUAUUCAAUAAUGAGCGUUUUGAUACUAAAAAUGAGUUCCGCGCUGGAAGUGCUAACGAUGUGAAGGCCCUGCGGUCCACCUUUGAGCGGCUGAAAUGCAAGGUUGAGGUAAUUACCGACCCCACAUUGGCCACCCUCAAACGCACAGUGAAAACGCUGGAAACAAAGGACUUUGGAGACAAGAGUGCUCUGGUCCUCGUGUUUCUCAGCCAUGGAACGCGCCAUGACAGACUCGCGGCCAAGGAUGACGACUAUUCACUGGACUACGACGUGGUCUUCCCCAUUCUGCGCAACCGUACCCUAAAGGACAAGCCCAAGCUGCUCUUCGUCCAGGCCUGCAAGGGCGCCAAUGAGCUGGGCGGGUUCAUGACGGAUGCCGCCCAGCCCAACGGGUCCCCCAACGAAAUCCUUAAGUGCUAUAGCACCUACGAAGGCUACGUUUCUUACCGCACCGAGGACGGCACCCCCUUCAUUCAGACGCUUUGUGAGGCUCUUGAUAAGUCUGGUAAAACGUCCGACAUUGAUGCCAUAAUGACGAGCGUGCGACGCGUGGUCAAGUCACAAACCAAGGAUGGCCAAAUACCAUCUGUCACCAGCACCCUCACCUCUAAGUACGUCUUCGGAGAUUACAUAUGAUCAUCAUUCUACGAAGUAUUUUUUGUAUUAUAUUUCCUCAUUCGAGAUUAACAGUAUCAAAAGUGGGUCAACAUUAGUAGCUACUAGCUACCUAAAUGAUUUUCUGGGAGCCAUUUUCUUUGUGAUUCAUUAAAAAGCUAAAUAGCUGAUUUAGCGUUAUCCAAAAUCGA